GGAACCUUUAUUAAUCUUCUUCGUGAACAAAUCGACACAGUAUUAUCUACACACGAGGUCCAGCAAGAGCGCUGUACAGUUUAACACAACAUUACUGGACUGCAAUUCUCCCCUUCCAAUCGCACAGAGCACAGACAGGGAGAAACAACUCUGUCGAGAAAAAGAGAGCAGGCAGGGAAGAAAUAAAAAGCGAAACACCGGUAAGAUGCACAAACAGCAAAGGAGUGGAAUCUGAAUCGGAACACACGAAUCAAAACAGACGCAGGUUUUGACUUCUCGUUGUCCUGGUAACGAAAAAAGAAAAAAGGGAGCGCUCCGCGUCUCGCUAGGGAUUGUGGGGUGGUAGAGGUCCGUAGCGCGUUACGUCAGCGCCGCGUCCGUCAUGUUUCGUUUCCGCACUUUCGAGCAGAGCUAAUUCAGAGAAAGCCGGCCAGCGCAAUUAAAAAGGAAAAAAAAGAGAGAAUCCUAUAACACAUCGCCGAUUCACUUCGGCGGGGGGUCGCAUCGGACCAGAACCGGGCUGUCCCGUUCUGAGUAUGGCCAAACCCAAGCUGAUCGUGUUUGAUUUAGAUUACACUCUGUGGCCGUUCUGGGUUGACACACAUUUUGAUCCUCCCUUUCGCAAGGAGAAGGAGGAGGUGCUGGACUCUCGGGGUCACCGCGUUGGCCUGUACCCCGAGUCUGCCGAGGCCCUGAGGUCCCUGCGCUCUCUGGGCUUCACGCUGGCCGCUGCCUCUCGGACUGGGGAAGUGAAGGGGGCCAACCAGCUUCUCUCUCUCUUUGGCCUUGACCAGUACCUGUCCUUCAAGGAGAUCUACCCGGGAUCGAAGGUCACGCACUUUCAGAGGCUGCAGCAGCUCUCUGGCUGUCAGCUCUCAGAGAUGAUGUUCUUCGAUGACGAGAGAAGAAACAUCAAUGAUGUCAGCAAGCUUGCCUACGCCUGCUGACGCCGCUCCCUGCUC